AUGUCUAAUAAUGAAUAUCAUCUCGUUUGGGAGGAUUCAUUCUCACAUGACGGGCCAGUCGAUCGAAACAAAUGGGAUUUUGACACCGGUACAGGAGGCAAUGGCUGGGGUAACCAAGAAGCACAAUAUUAUACAGAUAGAAUUGAAAAUGCCCGAUAUCAACGUCAACGAUUAAUCAUCGAAGCACGUCGUGAAGAUUACGGUGGCCAGCGUUUCACAUCAGCUCGACUCAAGUCCAAGAGUGCAUGGACCUAUGGACGUCUUCAAGCAAAAGCAAAAUUACCAAGUGGCAGAGGCUUAUGGCCAGCCAUUUGGAUGCUUCCUCAAGCACAAUCCUAUGGCAAUGCCUACUGGCCGGAUAAUGGAGAGAUCGAUCUUAUGGAACAAGUGGGUUUCGACUCAAACCGAAUCGUAUCGAGCGUGCAUACGGCAGCAUUCAAUCAUAUGAAAAAUUCACAGCCAACAAAUGGUGUUCAGGUUCAUGAUGCUUGCAAUAAUUUCAAGAUCUACACUCUGGAUUGGACUUCUGAUAAACUAGAAAUGUUCGUCGGUGAUGACAAUAAUCCAUUUUUUCAGAGAGUUCUCAUUUGGGAACGGAAAGGACAAAAUUGGGAAGGCUGGCCUUUUGAUAAGAACUUCUUCAUUCUUCUUAAUAUUGCUGUUGGAGGAUCAUGGGGUGGACAGAAAGGUAUCGAUGAAGGUAUUUUUCCAAAAACCAUGGAAAUUGAAUGGAUUCGAUUCUAUCAAUGUACUAGUAAAGCACCUGUAAUCGACCCCCCUCACAGUACCACGCGAGUUAUUGGCAUUCGCUCUAGUGCAAACGGUAAAUUUAUUUGUGCCGAAAAUGGAGGAAAUAGUCCGUUAAUUGCAAAUCGCGAUACUGUCUCUGGUUGGGAAACCUUUGAUCUUAUCAUUCUUGAUGGAAACAAUGUUGCUCUAAAAUCACAUGCUAAUGGGCAAUAUGUCUGUGCCGAAAAUUCAGGUGAUGGUCCUUUGAUCGCCAACCGAUCUCAAGUCAGUUCUUGGGAAACAUUUACACUCGUUAAUCGUGGCGAUGGAAAAGUGGCUUUAGUUGCUGUCAAUGGAAAAUAUGUCUGCGCUGAUAAUUUCGGUAACAGCGAAUUAGUUGCUAAUCGGACCAGUGUUGAGAGUUGGGAAACGUUCGAUCUCGUGCCACAAUGA